CGAGAAUAUCGUCUUUACAGUUUUGUUACAUCUGUGGUGAACUGUUUUACUGAAUGAGUUCGAAAUAGAGAACUAAAAUACUAACAGAUGGCGCUGUAAAGCGUUUACGUGACGUCAUCUUCGUAUGUUCAGCAAUCGAAGGCCCGAGUGAAUGCCGAAACUAUCCGAACGAGCGAGUACAAGUCUGAAGAAACUAAAAUCUGUCGUACACUUUAGUGAUGUAAAUUUUGAAAAAUUAACAAAAUGAUAUUGUAAAACCGUAAUAAGACAGUCUUAUUUUGAUUUCUAUUGUAUCUUAGUGAUAUUGUUUUGACUAUACCAUCCUUAACUUGUAUAUCAUCGGCAAAGUGAGUUCAGUGCGAGUGCAAGGGUGGUAACGAGAAAUGUGAAGCAUCUAUGAAGUUCAGGAUUCUAAGGCCGUUUAUUUUAUAUCUAUAAUAAUGAGCGGACGCCCUAGGACCACGUCAUUCGCCGAGGGCAGCAAAUCCGUUCGAAAGACUUUCGAUAAUCAGCCACCGAAACCACCUCUUGGAGGCGUAAAAAUCAGUAGCGACGUGGAUACUCCUAAAAAGAACGAGCUGGCUUCGGAAAAGAAAACAGCGUCUUCGCAUCGCAAGGACGGCUCAAAGGUGACGACUGUGGUGGCGACGCCGGGGCAAGGCCCCGACCGGCCACAGGAGAACCGAGAACUUCAAAUCAUGCGACGACUGGAGCAUUGUAAUAUUGUCAAAUUGAAAUAUUUCUUUUACUCCAGUGGAGAAAAGAAAGACGAAGUGUACCUGAAUUUGGUGCUGGAGUAUAUACCUGAGACUGUGUAUAAAGUGGCACGUCACUACUCCAAAGAUGAACAAACCAUACCCAUUAGUUUUAUAAAGCUAUAUAUGUACCAGUUGUUCAGAAGCCUCGCGUACAUUCACUCGCUGGGCAUCUGUCACCGAGACAUCAAGCCCCAGAACUUACUCCUUGAUCCUAAGACCGGCGUACUCAAACUUUGCGAUUUUGGCUCGGCGAAACAUCUCGUUCGUGGCGAGCCUAACGUGUCCUAUAUUUGUUCCCGAUACUAUCGCGCUCCAGAACUCAUUUUUGGCGCUAUAGAUUACACCACCAAAAUCGACGUAUGGAGCGCUGGAUGUGUAGUAGCGGAAUUAUUAUUGGGUCAACCAAUAUUCCCAGGUGAUUCUGGUGUUGAUCAGUUGGUUGAGAUUAUCAAGGUGUUCCGCGCGUGCACGCCGCCGGACGCGAUCUCGCUGGUGUCGCGGCUGCUGGAGUACACGCCGGGCGCGCGCCUGUCGCCGCUGCAGGCCUGCGCGCACAGCUUCUUCGACGAGCUGCGCGAGCCCGCCGCGCGCCUGCCCAACGGCCGCCCGCUGCCGCCGCUGUUCAAUUUCACGGAGUACGAGCUCAGCAUCCAGCCGUCGCUCAACGACUUCCUGAAGCCGCGCGCGAGCGCGGGCCCAGCGCCCGACGCAGCGGCGGGCGCGGCGCCGGCGGACGACGCGCCAGUCUUAUUUGGACCAACUCAUGGUAACAUGUCAACUGUGCAUGAAAAUAUUGAUUGA